AUGUCCCUGGUUACUGGGCAGUGCCACACGAUGCCUGCCUCCACGGGUCUGGGUCCCAUCCCCGUCAUUGCAGUGAUCAGCGUGAGCCGCCCCCUGGACUAUGAACAGAUACCCAACGGACUGAUCUAUCUGACCGUCAUGGCCAAGGAUGCAGGCGACCCGCCUCUGAACAGCACUGUCCCCGUCACCAUCGAGGUGUUUGAUGAGAACGACAACCCGCCCACCUUCAGCAGGCCCGCCUACUUCGUCUCUGUGCUGGAGAACAUCAUGGCAGGUGCCACGGUGCUGCUCCUGAACGCCACGGACCUGGACCGCUCCCGGGAGUACGGCCAGGAGUCUGUCAUCUACUCCUUAGAGGGCUCCUCCCAGUUUCGGAUCAACGCCCGCUCUGGUGAGAUCACCACCACCUCCCUGCUGGACCGGGAGGCCAAGGCCGAGUACAUCCUCAUCGUGCGGGCAGUGGACGGGGGUGUGGGCCACAACCAGAAAACAGGCAUCGCCACCGUGAACGUCACCCUCCUGGACAUCAAUGACAACCAUCCCACCUGGAAGGAUGCGCCCUACUACAUCAACCUGGUGGAGAUGACCCCUCCGGACUCUGAUGUGACCACGGUGGUGGCUGUGGACCCAGACCUGGGCGAGAACGGCACCCUGGUAUACAGCAUCCAACCACCCAACAAGUUCUACAGCCUCAACAGCACCACGGGCAAGAUCCGCACCACCCACGUCAUGCUGGACCGGGAGAACCCCGACCCCGUCGAAGCAGAGCUGAUGCGCAAGAUCGUCGUGUCCGUCACCGACUGUGGCAGGCCCCCUCUCAGAGCCACCAGCAGUGCCACAGUGUUUGUGAACCUCCUGGACCUCAAUGACAAUGACCCCACCUUUCAGAAUCUGCCGUUUGUGGCUGAGGUGCUGGAGGGCACCCCUGCAGGGGUCUCUGUCUACCAGGUGGUGGCCAUCGACCUGGACGAGGGCCUCAAUGGGCUGGUGUCCUACCGCAUGCAGGUGGGCAUGCCCCGCAUGGACUUCCUCAUCAACAGCAGCAGCGGCGUGGUGCUCACCACCACUGAGCUGGACCGUGAGCGCAUCGCCAGCUACCAGCUCAGGGUGGUGGCCAGUGACGCAGGCACACCCACCAAGAGCUCCACCAGCACCCUCACCAUCCACGUGCUGGACGUGAAUGACGAGACGCCCACCUUCUCCCCGGCCAUGUACAACGUCUCCGUGUCUGAGGACGUGCCCCGGGACUUCCGCGUGGUCUGGCUGAACUGCACGGACAACGACGUGGGCCUCAACGCCGAGCUCAGCUACUUCAUCACAGGCGGAAACGUGGAUGGGAAGUUCAGUGUUGGCUACCGGGAUGCUGUCGUGAGGACAGUGGUGAGCCUGGACCGAGAGACCACAGCUGCAUACACGCUCAUCCUAGAGGCUAUAGACAAUGGCCCGGUUGGCAAACGGCGCACCGGCACAGCCACCGUGUUCGUCACUGUCCUUGACGUCAACGACAACAGGCCCAUCUUUCUGCAGAGCAGCUACGAGGCCAGCGUCCCGGAGGACAUCCCUGAGGGCCACAGCAUCGUGCAGGCAGGGCAGCCUUUGCCCCUACCCUACCUGCAGGAAGCAGCCGCUGGUGCCUGGCAGGCCCACUGGUUCAGGAAGGUGCAGCGGGGCGAGGUGUUCCUGUAG